CCCGAGAUGUGGAGGAGCGGGACCUUGGAUGGUGAUCUAAGGGCGAGAGGGAGAAGUUAAAACCCACCGGGCCGAGAAGGGUAGAUGAGGAACUUAAGAGCGUCCGGCGUCCCACCUCCGCCGCCGGUCGCGGCCCCUUUAAGAAGGAGCCACCGUCUCGAAUUGAACGGGGGAAGGGAAAGGAAAGCGGGAAAGACGGAACCACCGGGAAGUACCGAGGGAGGACCGGAAACCGAAGCGCAAACCGUUCCCUCUCGCCACCGACUUAUCCGUCAAGAGCAGGAAAAAAAUAAAGCCGUAGGGACCGUCCCCGUCGAAGACGGCCGGCUUAAACUUUCCUGGGGCUUAGCCCCCUCCCAACGGCCCCUCCCCUCGUCCUACCCGGGCUUCUCCCGGUGUAAACAGUCCCGUGAAUCAAACCCAGGCGAGCCCCGCGGGACGACCCAGACCCUCGGGGACAGCGGGCGAAGGGAAACCGGCUAAAAGAUCGGCUUCCGAGGACGACAGGCGGAGGCCCUGGUGACGCCCCCGGGACUACGGUGGGGCGCCGGGGCACCCGCUUCGGCCCUCCUUUCCUCCCUCCACUCCCUCUUACCUGGCCGGCGCUGUUCCUCUUCCGGGCGAACCGGUUCCCCCUUGGAGCCCGCGCCGGAGGAUGGUCCGUUCCGAGCCGGGCUUGUCUGCAGAGCCCGGUAGGGCGCGAGGCGGGGAGCCCGGCUAAGCGUGUAGCGGGUCGCGACGCUGCUCUUGUGAUGACAGCAACGCUCCCGGGGGAGGCCUCGGCUUCCAGGUUCCCGUGGCCGUCCCCGAGUUCACGCCAGCUGAGCACUUUACGUAACCUCUUUAUGUAAGCUGCACCUCCCGCCGCCGCUCUGGUCAGCGGAGAUUCCUGGUGGCCCAUCCCCCAGGAGGCCAGCGGAGAGCCGCGCCGCCUCUCUGCAGCCGAGGUGGACCCAGCCGCCGCGACAGCCCGGAACCAAUCACUGGCGAGAACACCCAGCCAACAAAAAGAGCGCGCCAAAAUCCCGCGAUUUGUACUGAGGGCCUUCGCGAGGCGUCUGCACUCAGCAAACGCCUUUCCGGACUUGACCUGCAUCGUACCUCCACGCCCGCACUCGGCACUUGAUGCUGAUUGGGGGAAUGGCUUAGGUGUAAUCGAUUCACAGCUGAGACCAGGGUUAGAAAGCUAAUCUCCACGCCCACUAAUGACCCAAUGAUCUCAGCCGCACUUAAUCCUCAGUAUCCUUCUCUGCCAAACCCGGGUGGUCCUCACUUCCAAGGUUGCAAAGGACCAAGUGAAAUAUGAUGGCUGGCUAAUUGAGUGCCUGAUAUAAGCUGCUUUGGGCUUGGAUUUUGAUACCCUUCACCCCGGCUGCCCAUUGUAGUGGGAGGGAGCACAAUGGCUGUGUAGUUAAGAAUGAUCUUGAACUUUUCCUCUUGCCUUCAUCUCCUGAGUAAUGGGAUUAAAGGCGGGCACCAUCACACCCAAUUUAUACACCCUAUUUGUUUGUACAGAGCUAGGAAUCCAAGGGUUUUGUGCAUGCUAGACAGGCACUUUACAAAGCUACAUCUCCAGCCCCUAGGCGUGGUUUUUAAAAGUAUUUUGAACCCUGCUUUGUACAAUGCCUAGAAGGUGCCCAGUAUUUUGUUAGCUGAUAUUGAAAGACAGUAACUAGAGUUUCUGCUACACACUAUUUGUUUUUGUUUUGUUGGUUGGUUGGGGUUUGUUUGUUUGUUUGUUUG